UCACUCACUUUCUCUAUACACCUCGUGCACGCGAGUCCUCUUACACGUGCGCUUGCACAUACACGCGCACGUCCACGGAGCUGGCGCGCUGAGCAGUGGCGCCCAUCCUCUCCCUCAGUGCGACUCCUCCGAGGGAUCAGGAGUAGACUAAGUCAAACUUCCAGAGGCUUAAGAUUUGUGCGCAACCCUCGAAAAGGAUUGAAGUCCUCAAGAUGAAAACAUGGGGUCACACACCAGCUUAGCCAAAAGGACUCAAAUACACUAAGAAAACAGGGGUCUGAGGUGAUGCCCUGUGCCAGCUGCAAUCUUCUUCUAAUCUUCUCAAAUCUGGAGACUUGAUGGCCAGAUGGUUUGCCCCUUCAUGUGUGGUCCAGCUCAACACUUCCUGACCAUUCCAUGGGCCACAAGACGACGCCAACAUCCACGGCCGCAGCUUGACUCAAACCUUCUGCGUUUCCUGCUCUUCCUUUUUUGCCCCUCACCCCCAACAUCAGUCUCUGCCCUCUURCUCUCCUCUGCUUCGACCUCGGUUUCUGCUCUCACCUCACAUUUUGACAAUCCAAGUCCUCCCUGAGCCCAACAUGGUGUCCCACCUUCCCUCUUUAGUUUUUGUCAUGAUGUGUCAAGGCGCCCUGCUGGCAGACCCACCUCAGUCCCGCCGUGAGAUCCGCAUCGARGGCGACCUGGUGCUCGGCGGCCUGUUUCCAGUGCACGAGAAAGGGGCUGGAAUGGAAGAGUGUGGGCGCGUGAAUGAAGACAGAGGGAUCCAGAGGCUGGAGGCCAUGCUGUUYGCCAUAGACAGAAUCAACAUGGACAGCACUGUGCUGCCGGGCGUCUCCCUCGGGGUGCAUAUUCUUGACACCUGCUCAAGAGAUACGUAUGCGUUAGAGCAGGCUCUGGAGUUUGUGAGAGCCUCCCUGACCAAGGUGGAUGACACAGAGUUCAUCUGUCCUGAUGGGUCUUAUGCGCUGCAGGACGACAACCCUCUUGCCAUCGCAGGAGUCAUCGGAGGAUCCUAUAGCAGUGUUUCCAUACAGGUUGCCAAUCUUCUCAGGCUCUUUCAGAUCCCUCAGAUAAGCUAUGCUUCAACGAGUGCCAAGCUCAGCGACAAGACCCGCUAUGAUUACUUUGCCCGCACUGUACCGCCAGACUUCUACCAGGCCAAAGCCAUGGCAGAGAUCCUCCGCUUCUUUAACUGGACAUACGUGUCCACUGUGGCGUCAGAGGGAGAUUACGGUGAAACUGGGAUAGAGGCCUUCGAACAGGAAGCACGAAUGAGGAACAUCUGCAUUGCCACUUCAGAGAAGGUGGGACGUUCGAAUGCUAAGAAGUCUUACGAGGCCGUAAUCCGUCAACUCUUCCAGAAGCCAAACGCCCACGUGGCCGUCCUUUUCCUGCGCAGUGAUGAUGCCAGAGAGCUGAUUGCAGCUGCCGCCAGGCUUAACACCUCUUUCAUUUGGGUGGCUAGUGAUGGCUGGGGCGCACAGGAGAGCAUUGUCAAGGGAAAUGAAAUAACUGCUGAAGGAGCUAUCACACUUGAACUGGCGGCAAACCCCAUACCAGAUUUCAACCGCUACUUCCUGAGUCUGGACCCUGUCAAAAACCACCGGAAUCCCUGGUUCAGGGACUUCUGGGAGCAGCGGUUCCAGUGCUCCUUGGGAGCUGGAGGCUUAGGCUUCGGGGGAACACCUCUUCCGCCGUGCGACAAAAACUUGUCGAUGGACCAGAGGUAUUUCGAGCCAGAGUCCAAGAUCAUGUUUGUGGUGAAUGCAGUGUACGCCAUGGCCMAUGCCCUCCACAACAUGCAGCGGAGCCUGUGCUUGAACACCACCAAGCUGUGCGACAGCAUGAAGGCCCUGGAUGGGCGCAGACUCUACAGGGAUUACAUUCUUAAUGUCAGCUUCACAGCCCCUUUAUCCCCUCCAGGUAGUGAGACGGUAGUGAAGUUUGAUUCCCAGGGGGACGGCAUGGGCAGAUACAACAUCUUCAGCUACCAGCGUUCUGGUGAACGUUACGGUUACGUGCCAGUAGGUGAGUGGGCAGAGAGUCUGAGUCUGAACAACGAUCUGAUUCGUUGGCCCAAAGAGGUGCUCCCAACGUCACAGUGCAGCGACCCCUGUGAGCGAAACGAAAUGAAGAAAAUGCAGGCAGGUGAGUACUGCUGCUGGAUCUGUACGGCGUGUGAGCCUCACGAAUACCUGGCUGAUGAGUUCACCUGUUCGCCUUGCGCUCCUGGCCAGUGGCCAACUGAUGACCUCACAUCCUGUUACGAUCUUCCUGAGGACUACAUUAUGUGGGAAGAUGCUUGGGCCAUUGGUCCUAUUACCAUUGCAUGUGUUGGCUUUGUGUGCACUGGCUUGGUGGUUUGGGUGUUCGUCAGACAUAACAACACACCAUUGGUGAAAGCAUCAGGCAGAGAGCUCUGCUACAUUCUCCUCUCCGGAGUCUUUAUGUGCUAUGCCAUGACUUUCCUCUUUUUGGCCAAACCCUCUCCGGCCAUAUGUGCCCUGCGGCGCCUCGGCCUGGGCACGUCRUUUGCUGUGUGCUAUUCUGCCCUGCUGACCAAAACCAACAGAAUCGCCAGAAUUUUCAAUGGCGUGAAAGACGGCGCGGGCGCAGUGAGGCCGCGCUUCAUUAGCCCAUCCUCUCAAGUAUUUAUCUGCCUCAGUCUGAUCUCUGUCCAGCUAGUCAUGGUCUCAGUGUGGCUGCUGCUGGAGGUUCCUGGGACUCGGCGCUUUACGUUACCGGAACGACGACAGACUGUCAUCCUCAAGUGUAAUGUGCGAGACUCCAGCAUGCUGCUGUCGCUGGGAUACGAUGUGCUCCUGGUCAUCUUGUGUACUGUGUAUGCCUUCAAGACCAGGAAGUGCCCUGAGAACUUCAAUGAGGCCAAGUUUAUUGGAUUCACCAUGUAUACGACAUGUAUAAUUUGGCUGGCCUUUCUUCCCAUCUUCUAUGUCACAUCCAGUGACUACAGGGUAUUUUCUGACACACGGAGAGGCAUGCUAAUGUGCUGAAAAUUUAGAUUCAAAACAAAACGGCUAAUGUCUAAAUCCAGAGUUGGUCACGUGCAGUUUUUGAAACAAAAGGAAAAGGUUUUCAAUCCAAAAAGAAUAAUUUAUCACACUUUUUGGCAAAAUCAUUUUCAAUUUUUCAUAUUUUUACAUUUAACAAAAUAAAGUCUUCCCAGACCAACAUUUGGUAUUGAACUCUAAAUGAUUUAUUCAAAAAUGUAAAAGAUUAUAGGGCAUAUUCACACAGGUAAUCAUUACAGUUAAAUGUUGGCAAACCUGACUUUGUGCAUUGUACUAGGGCAAAACUAAUUCUGAAAUACCUUCACUAAGCAAACAGUGUUUCUCUGCACCGAUGCAGUUUUUUCACUUUUAAGUGAGGUGUUAUGAAUGUAUCUAGAGGAAAGCCUACCCAUGUCUAUUUAUUUAUAUCUAUGUACAUAACAGCUAGAGCAAAUUGCCUGAUAUUUUCCAAGACCAUAACUGGUGAACAUCUGCUGAAAGCUGGAGGUAAUUUUGGUACGAAAGGGGAGAAAGGGAAAAACUGACCUGCUGUGCUGCUGGAUUUUCAAAAAAGCRUGUUUAGGAAUGUCACAAAAGUUAGAAUUUAUUAUCCAUCCUUGCAAAGUAUACCCAAUAAUUUUGCCCAUUUUUUGUAAUCAAAUAAAUCACAGAUGUUUCUUUUUGUUCCCACUUUCCUACAAGUUAGUGCAGUAUACUUACUUUGACAUGCAGCAAUUUUAGAAUCAUACAUUUUUGAGGACCAAAUAAAUUAAAGUGAUGCGCUUAUUACCUCUUUUUAAACCUAUCUGCAAAAUCMCUUUUGAUGUAUAAUCACCAUUCUGACAUGAUUUCUUUAGUCACAUGUUACUCUUUAGGGUUUUGAGAAGCGCCUCAUCAAGUCACAAUUUGGAGUUCUUUGUAUUAUUUUUUUAAUAAAAACAUAAGUAAAUUUCAUCUAUGAUCACUUCUGCACCUUCUGUCUUUAUGCAUAAAACGAGCGUAACUGUAGCCUGUUUCAAAAAUAGGUGCGAUAGAUUGAUCCUCUCUGUUUUUAUUACUAGCAGUUUCCUCAAUCCACAGAAAACAAGCUAACAGUGGCAGCAAAACAGCUGCAAAAAAUGUUGGAAAUUAGACUUUUGUAGUGUAACCUCCAAACAAUACUGAGGGGAUCUAUAACUUUAAAAAUCUGUAAAUACUGCAAUGGACUGACGACCUGUCCAGGAUUUGCCCCGCCUCUUGACUGUUGACUGCAGGAGAUACACACAGCCCCCCUCAUGACCCUGCAAGGACAAGCGUGUUAGAUAACGGAAGGAAGAAUCUGUAAAUAAAGUUUGUUUUAAAGCUAAAAAUAAAUAUUUAAAAAAUCACUACUUUCUAGCUACGCCUUAUUGCAGCUCCUUUUCACUCAGCUUGAUUGACAGAAACAGUCAGGUAGCACAGGGCACAAACAGGUGCAGUGGCAACUUUAAUUUGUAGCUAAUCCCAUCCGCAGAUGUCCCAAUUCUGCUGUUCUGAGGUGACAAACGGGCUCCGCUAAACUGCUGACACAUGUCCAGACUUWCCAUCAAAGGCGAAUGAGUGUUCUUCUGAACAGCAAAAWUCCUGAGUGUACACCUACACACACCUUAAGUAGACGUGUUCACAAACACAGUCUGUUUCAAGGGGCAUGAGAGAAGCGGUGCUGUCUGAGCUACCCAUUUGAUCCCUGAAUAAAAGUAWUUUUUUAUUUUAGUUUUUUGCCGUGUCUGUCCUUUUAAAUUUGUCUUUCUCAGAAAAAUAKAAAUAUUUCUAAGAAAUCUUUCYUAAAGAUUAGUCUAGUGCAGACAUAAUGGCUUCCCACACUCAGAAAUAUUUACAUAAACAGAGGAGAUGUUGAAUUGUUGAUUACUGACGAAUGUGCUCAGCUGUGUUGUGAUUUUACUUGCUGUAACACUUAGAGCAGUGAUUAGGGGAGCCUGAACAGAGCAUGCAACAGACACCUCUGCAGACAUGUGAUCAAGAGACUGGGACAGUACUUAGCAUCGAUUUACACAACGAACCACGUAGGACAAACUUAAAGUGAGCAGCGAGAGACUAUUAAGUUUGGCUUUUGUGUUCUGUGUUGAUUAAGUCUUUAUUGAUCUGUUCAGUAAUUGUUAUUCUCAGAACUGGUGUAAGGUGAGGAGAUCUGAAAACAAGAGUUGUACUUUAGUGYCCUACUGGCUCUAUUCGUGAUUAGGAGUCGGAUACACUUGUAYCUGUUUAGCAGCAUUUUAAUGUUUCAUUUUAGAGAUCAGUAAACUAUACCGAUGGAAUAGGUUUGUCUAAAAUAGUUCAAAGUGCCAGAAGCUUCAUUGUAUUUACUGCAACAGACCAGCGUUAUUGUGAAAUGGAAGGAACGUGGUAGAUUGUUUCCCCCAUGAUCUUCCUGCCACCAUGGUUAACCCUG